AUGCAGCAAUUAAUUGAUAACGACAAUUCAUCGACUUUCGACGGCAUCAAGAAUCAGUUUGAAUUGUCUUUCGAUAUGAGGCAGAAAGCUCAGGAGAUCGUAAAUGUGAGAUCAGAUCUUGGAGAGAUAGAGGUUUCGCUGCCUAAAUCAUGGAAGGACAAUAUAGACCAUGUGUGUAUGGACAUAAAGGGCACUUUGCCUUUACUCCAACCUGGAUGGACUCCUCUCCAUGUGGCAGCAUCCAGGGCUCGUCAUCACUGCACCAGAUUUCUUUUAGCAGCCGGCGCGAACCCUAAUAUUUGUGAUGUCAUGGGACGCACACCACUAGACGUUGCUGGUUCAGCAUAUUAUUACAAUAAAGAGAUCAAUCAGAAAAGUUUUACAGAGGUAGUAAGGAUGCUGCUGAAAGCUGGCAGCCAGUUUAACAGCAUGAAAGCUGGUGGCAUGAACGUAGACAGUCCGAUACACACUGCAGUGGAACUUAAUAAUGUAGAAUGUAUUCUAGAACUAUUGGAAGCAGGAAUAUCUGUGUCAUGUCUUAAUUCAGAAGGAAAAACACCUCUACACGUAUGCGUUGACAAGAAAAUGGACGAAGCGUUAAAGAUAUUAGCAAACUAUAAUUACAAAGACGCAGAUCCGUUGUCCUCUAUGGUGGAUGUCAAAGAUAAAGAUGGGUAUACAGUAUUACAUGCUGCUGUCAAAACAGCUUGGGUCCCUGGCGUUUGUAUUGUAUUAGAAGCUGGUGCGGAUGUCACUAUAACAGCAAACGAUGGUGAAACUGCCAUACAUUUAGCAGCAGCAUUGGGAAAUACAGAUGUAUUAGAUGAAAUAAUUCUACUGACAUACCAAAACGGAUUAAUAGAUUGCCAGAACGAGGAAGGUGAGACGCCACUUUUCAAAGCCAUUAUAAAUGGACAUUUAAAUUGCGUUGAAACUAUACUAGAUAAAGGGGCAUCUAUAAAUAUGCUUAUGCCUGGAGAUGUUAACGUUUUACAUGUAGCCGCUGAAUAUGGCCAUUUAAAAAUCUUAGAAUUUCUUAUGGAAUACGGCGAUGGUGUUAUAAAACAAUUUAUAAAUUCACUCACCACUCCAGAUAGGAGAGGAAUAGGACCUAUACAUUUUGCGGUAUUAAACAAUAAUGUCAAAUGCUUAGAAUAUCUCAUCUCCCAAGACGCUGAUAUUAGAUUACGAACUACACCAAGCCCUCACAAAUCCGCAACACCUUUACAUUUGGCCGCUAUAAGAAAUUAUGUGGAAUGUGCGAAAGUUAUAUUAAAUUGUGAUAAAACAACGAUAUUAGAAGUUAAUAGCUUAGGUUGGUAUCCCUUACAUUCAGCGGGCCAUCACGGAAGCAGAGACGUUAUAUCACUGCUUCUACAAGAAGGGGCAGACUUAUCAGAAUACACUGCAGCGCCAAAAUUUAAAAGAACAGCUAUAGAUAUGAUAAUAAAUAAUGUGUCUAAACCAACGGAAUUCCUAGAAGAGGUAUUCGAUUCAUACAUAUCAGCUAAUUCUCAGAACUUAUACGACUCCAAGUGCGUAGUGACCGUGGAUUACAAAAUAUUAUUACCAACAGCAUGCGAGAUGGAACAGAUGAAAGUUGUUGAAUCUUUACUUAAAACUGGAAAUCGUUACGGCCAACAGAAACUUCUUGUGCAUCCCUUGCUUGAGAGCUUCCUUUACUUGAAAUGGCAGGCGUUGUUGCCAUUCUUUUAUGCUAUUAUAGCUAUUUACGCGAUGUUCGUAUCAUCUUUAACUAUUUUUAUCACAUCCAUAUUCUUUUACAAAGAUACCAAUACAGAUAGGCCGGCUUAUCUAGCUCCACACAUUUGGAGUUAUAUCGUAUAUUCAACAAUAUGUCUCAUAAUUUUGCAGGAGCUGUUAUACAUGAAUUUAAAGAAUACUAGAUAUCUUCGACAACUAGAAACUUGGAUAAAAGUAUUUUCUCUUAUCCUUGCGGCCAGUCUACCGCCCGUUGUAGCAUUUUUUCCUGAUAGUGUCGCCGAAUUACCAAGACACAUCGCGACAUGCGCCCUACUGCUUUCUUGGAUAGAACUAAUGUUCUUACUAUCUAGAUUUCCAAAUUGGGGUUAUUAUGUACUUAUGUUUGGUAAAGUCGCUAGUAAUGUAAUAAAGAUACUCCUCACAUUUGCGUUCUUGGUGAUAGGAUUUUCUCUAAGUUUUAUGAUACAGUUUAGAUCAGAAAUGCCAUUUGAUGGUCCGUGGGCUGCGUUUGUCAAAACCAUGGUGAUGAUGACGUCAGAGUUUGACUACAUGGAUUUAUUUGACGAGGCACAUUCAAAUGAUCUCGCGAAAUCACUGAUAGUAGUUAGACUGAUAUUUGUUAUAUUUCUUAUUCUUGCAGCUAUAGUACUCAUGAAUUUAAUGGUUGGUGUAGCGGUUAAUGAUAUUAACGAUUUGGAAAUAUUAGGCAAUAUAAGAAGACUGGCCAAGCAAGUCGAAUUCCUUGGUACGUUGGACAAUUUAGUCUACAAUAAGUUCUUUCGCACGAUACUGCCAAAUCGAGUUAGCAAACGAUUGCAGAAUAAAAGAAAAGUCAUGAACGUCAUGUCUUUCUGUCCCGGUAAGACUCGGUGGAGAUUUAACAGGUCAGUGCCAUCGCGUAUCAAAAACGCUAUAAUCGAUAAAGCCCAGCUACAAAAGCUACAAAUGGAGGAAGAAUUCCAUAUGGAAACCUUCAAAAAGAAAAUUGAUGAAAUGCAUGAAGCUAUUGUCAGUCUGAAUCUGUCCAAUAAGAAUGCACAGGCAGCGACAAAGAAUGAAUCUACAAAAGAAAUAACUCAAGCAACAAAAAAGGUUACGUUAAAAGAUAUGGAAAUAUUACCAAUAAACGAAUGCCCGGGAAAAAAUAAAAAACAAAUUGAAACUCAAAUGGAUGAUGCAAAUAAAUCGAUUGUUGAAUUAAACGUUAAAAUGGAUCAAAUGUCCUUAGAAAUGGAAACCAUUAAAUUAUUUUUACAUAGAUUGGAAAGUAAAUUAGGAAAUAUCAAAAUGUAA